AUGGAUGUAUAUGACCGCAUCCAUGCAAGACAGCCAGUUCACGAAGUGGUACGAUUCAUCUCAGACAACAACAUCGAAUUUGAUGAAGAUGAGUUUUUGCAACAGCUAGACAUUGUGGUACAUAGAAAUCAAUACUAUGCCAAACAGCUACUAAAACAAAUGAUUCAACACUUUGAGUCAAGAGGCUCGGAUUUUGUCGAAACCAUGUAUGAACCUUACAUUAAUCUUCUACCUGUGGGUGCACCGGAUCCUCAGGAUAGUGACAUUAUUCAAUACAGAUUUGAUAGGUAUAAAGUUGUAAUUGAGGAAACACCAUCGUUGAUCUGUGCUCAGGGAACUACUGGAUUCAGAACCUGGGAGGCAGCGUUGUUUCUUUGUCAUUAUAUGACACAACACCCUGGUUUAUUUGUUACCCAUGACAGUUUAAUGCUCGAAUUGGGAUGUGGUACUGGUAUAAUCUCAAUUUUAUAUAAGAUGAUAAAAGAUUCCCAAGGUGACUGCAAAGCUGGCACAAUUAUAGUCACUGACGGAGAUUCUAAUCUGUUACAACAGGUUAGUACCAAUUUUCAACUCAAUGGUUCAUUAUCCAAUGAUGGCGACGUAAACAUAGGGUUCCAGAGAUUACGAUGGAACGAGGAUGAAUUAUCUAAUUACAACGAAAUUGAUCUGAUUUUGGCAGCAGAUGUUACGUAUGAUACCAGCGUGAUACCUGAUCUUGUGAAAUGUUUGAGUCAGUUUAAAGGGGCACACGGUUAUAUAUCGUGCACAGAACGUAACCUAGACACUUUGGAUGCCUUCGAAAACGAAUUGACAAGAAACUGUAUUUAUUUUGAGAUUGUAAGUAGAAUUUCGCCGAUCUCAUUCAAACAGAUUUCAGAAAGAGAUAUUUCAACAAGUAUAAGAAUAUAUAAAAUUAGCAUCAAUUGA